AUGAGGUCUUUUUUGGCAUUUUUCGGAUUUUCUGGCAAGACCGCAAACAAACACAACGCACAUAAGAAAGGUUAUCAGAAUGGAAGAGCUGGUAUUUUUCGAUCUGGGACAAUUUUUGAACAAGCUUCAGCAAUGUUGAAGAUUAAGGAGGAAGAAGUUAUUCGUGGUCAGAAUGAUGAAUGUAUGUCUCGGGAGAUACCCCUCGGCGAGCGUAGUAGUUACGAGAGAACUGAGUCUCGAGCCGAACGAACUAUAUAUCGCUUGGAAGAGCUACUGCAGGAGAUACCGCGAUUGAAAGAAUUACAAAAUGAAGUGGUCGAGGCACAGAUUCUAGCUAGGCAGAAGAUGAGAGAGGUAGGGUUCAAACGAACAGACGUUUCAUGGGCCGAUGCUCGCUUCAUGAAAGAACUCCAACGACUACAAGCAGAUGGACAACUUGAAGCAUUCGGAGAACUUUCAAGACUUGCGGCUGCCUGCCAAUCAGCACGUGAUGGACUGGGUCCUCUGGAACACGAAGGCACCGAGGCUCAACAGAAAUUCGAGGGGCAUAUGUGGAAUUUGCAAAAGUUAGAAGAUACAAUCUUUGAUAAUCUUGAGUUCGAAUUUGAAGAGACCGACGAGGAAUCUUCAGUGACUUCGGAUUCGAGUUCACCACACGAUAUCUUGGGAAUCUCUUCUCCGGUCGUUAGGAACAACCACGAAUCACGAGAUCAGCAGAACAAAGACAUGCAAGACAAUCAUUGGUCUCGCGAACUUACCGAUGGUGGAAUUGAGAGACAGCAGGACCUUUCUAACAGUCCACUUCCCGUCAACACAAUUUCAAAGAAGGGAUCAAAUCUGAUUGAUAUGGGAAUGUUAGACAGUCAAAAUGGAAACCAGAGACAAUCUAAUGCGCCCAUCCGCUUCGAACACUCGGUUGUAUCAUCGUCCAGCAUACCUAUAUCGAUGCGAGCACCGCUUUCAACGCGUGAUAAGAGUAAGGAAGAAGAGCAAGAUUCAAUUCUACUUGGCCUGGCAAGUCGAGAGACAUUAGAGCACCAAGAACCGCUCUACGAGCCUACAUUAUUAUUAGAGCUGGAGGUUGUCAAACAUGUUGAUGACGAAGUACAACAAUUUGAGUCAGUGCUCGAUUCGGACUCUGGAAUUCCUAGCCUAGAUCGGCUCGAUAAUGAUAAUUUGACUACCAUCACUACAAAACGACAAUCAAGCACAGAAUCGUUUCCCAAAUUGUUAACGCAAUUUGGUACACGGCGUGAUCGAAUCAACAAAUGGCUACUGCAUACAAUGCUGAUCUCAAGAUCAGAAGCAAAUCUCAUAGGGCUACAGCUGCAGAAAGAAACGGACUCAUCACCAUCUCCUUGGGCACAAUUAAUCGUUGCCUACUUCGAAUUUGACUAA